UAAAAUAUUUACAACACGAGAACAAAACAGUUAUAAACAUUGAGUAAUUGCUAUAAAUAUGAGUGAGACUGAGUCGAAAUUGUGUAAAAUUUGUUUGAGCAGCAAGACACAGACAGGGUUAUUCGAUAACCCACAACUGAAUAAGUUUUUCAGUCAUGUCUUGGGAAUACAUGAACCUCUUAUAAGAACUUGGCUAUGUGGCUGGUGCUGUUCAACUUUAAGAAAGAUCUUGAGGCUCAUGCAACUUGCUGAGGAGUCCCACUCCUACCUGUCUCAGGUGAAAUUGAAUAAAGAACAAAGCACAAGCCACUCUCUCUCCUUCCGUCACAACGAACAUACAGACAUUCCUCCUUCACCAAAAGAUAAAAGAAAACCUAAACUAAAAGCAAAACAUAAAAUUGAAAACAAGCAAACAGAUCAAGAAACUGAAAAAGUUGAAAAUAAAUUAAGGAAAGAACAAGAAAGCGAAUAUAAAUUUGAAGAAAUAAAAUUAGAAGCUAUAGAUAUUGAUGUAGAAGAAAAUAUUGAAAAUGAUGAUGAAUUUAAAGAUUUUGAUAAAGCUGACACAGAGACACUUGAAAUAGAUAUUUUAGAGAGACCUAAAAGAAAAGUGAAUUCUAAAUUAUAUGAUAAAUGUGAACAGUAUAAUUUUACACUGAGAGUUUUAAGCGUAGAAGAGCAGAGAAGAGAGUUAGAAGAGAAGAAGAAGUCUGAAAAGUAUUUGAGUAGGAAGUUUAAGUGUGAAUUUUGUGCGAUCAGUUUCGUGACUAAAGAUGUGUUUGAUGAACACAACCAGAGGCAUCAGGAGAGUCACAGCCCUCAUGAAUGCCCGCUCUGUCGCCUGCGCUUCAGCACAUCUUUAGUUCUCUCACAACAUGUGUUGGCGCAUGCGCGUCGCUUCACGUGCCGUCUUUGUGGCGCCGUCGUGACAAGGUUCAGCGAUUGCGAGAGCCACCGCCGCAAGUGCGGUCAGGCGUGUCCUGGCGUCUGUUCGCUUUGCGGGAAGAUAUUCACUAACCAGAAUUCGUUGGACAGCCACGUACGAGGAGUUCACUACAGGAAAGAAAAGAAGUUUGUCUGUUCGUACUGCAAUCAGAAGUUUCAGACGAAGCAACGGCUUGCCAUACAUACCAGGACACAUACCGGCCUAAAGCCAUACAGCUGCGAACUGUGUGGCCGCUCCUUCGCGGCCAACUCUAACCUACGAAACCACCUAGCCGCGCACGCUCAGGCGCGUCCGCAUUACUGCGUCGAAUGCGACAAGUCUUAUAAAACAAGGAAAGGACUGAGGCGACAUCUGUUGGAGGGCGCUUCACAUGUCGGGAAGAAAAAUAACUCGUGCCACCAUUGCCUGAAAAGUUUUACUUCAGAUAAACUACUGGCGUCCCACAUCGGCUCCGUACAUGCAAGGGAACCCGACUCUUGUACUCUUUGUAAUAAGACAUUCUUGACGGCCGCAAGUUUAAAGAAGCACAUCCGAACUGUACACGAACAAGGAGACUAACCAGCGAUACACAUUUCCGGCUUAAAAACCGGCCAAGUGCGAGUUGUACUCGCGUUGCAAGGGUUCCGUACACUACAAAAAGCUUAAGCGCCUCCUUUUUAGUAGGAACUUAAGUCAUUUUUGCGAAUAAUCUAUAUUUUGAACA